AUGGAAGUCGACACCGUGGGGUGGAGUGGUGGUGGUGGUGGUGGGUGCAGAGAGCUCAGUGUAUCAUGCCGCAAACAUGGUCGCCUGCGGUGGCUCCGCAAUGUGCGCGACCGUGGAGUUGGUCGUAGCAGUGUUGCUAGACGACAGCCACGGGUGAGGCGGUGCCCUCACAACAAUAGGAAAGAUGCCUACGAACACCGUCAACGCGUAGAUGGUAGAUGUCAAUUCUACAAGCGGUCCUUAUUCCCCUCCUCCUCCUCCUCCUCCUCCUCCACCUAG